GUUCGAAGAAGAAGACGGUUACUGGGUUACUGUCAACAUCAUUCGAAGUUGCUGGCUUUCUUUCUUUUAGCUUUCUUUUACCGUUCGUUGAUAUUUUUCUCAAAUAAGGCAUCAUGGCGAGCCAGAGGCCUCCCUCAAGCAUGGGCCGCCCAAUGAGCCGCAGUGGAUCUGUGAUCCCUGGGGCUGGAAGACCCCCAACAGCGGUCCGACCUCCUCCCACAGCUAUACGUGUCGCAACUGGGAUGAUUCCAGGUACAAGUGGUCAUCCUGGUAUGAGGGGUGGGAUCGCCGCCCCUGGAGUCCUGUCAGCCCCAAUCAAAGUGACCGACAGACCUGUCACCCAGCAGGGGCUCAGUGGGAUGAAGACCGGCAUGAAAGGACCUCAGAGACAAAUUCUGGAUAAGUCCUACUACUUGGGACUUCUCAGGAGUAAGAUCAACGAAUUGACCACAGAGACCAGCAAACUGCACAAAGAGAUUGACAACUACAACCAGGAGAACUCUGUCUACCUGUCCUAUGAGAAGAGAGCUGAAGGUCUGGCUGCAGAGAUUAAGGAUUUACAAGGCCAGCUCGCUGACUACAACAUGCUGGUGGACAAGCUCAACACCAACACAGAGAUGGAGGAAAUGAUAAAUGACUACAACUUUCUGAAAGCCCAGAAUGACAGUGAGGCUGAAAGCAUCUACAGCAUCUUCACUGAGAGGAGGGAAAGAGAGGAGGCUGUCAGGGCAAUCGAAGAGGAGAUAAGGAGGGAAAGGCGGGUUGCUGACGAGGUUGUCCAAUCAAUGCCGACCGGAAAGCAAGAGAAGUAUUUCACCAUGGCAACAACCAAUGAGGAACUACAACAGGAGCUGACUGUCCUCCAGGAGGAGCUGGACAUUCUGACAACCAGGAAACGGGAUUGUGAUGCAGAGCUGGCCCACUCUCAAAUAAAACAGGAAGUGGUGCGGCUUCUUGAGACUCUGUCAGCGCGUGAGGCAAAGCGUGACGCCAUGGAGGCCGAGCACAAGAGCCUGGGAUCACCCCAGGAGGAGAGAGAGAAGUUAUUCAAACAGGUGAAGGAGGACAACCAGGAAAUCGCCAGCAUGGAGAGACAGCUGACAGAGAUCAGAGACCGGACCAGGCAAAUCACAGAGGAGAUGCGGCAGCUGGAGCAGGACUCAGAGGAAGCUCAGGGGGAGUGUCAACAGAAAUACAGGGAGCUGAAGAGGAAAGAGGAGGAAAUUGACCGGUUCCUGGAGUCAUUUGAGGAGUCCAGGGCUCAGGAGCAGGAGAAGAUGACACAGAGCCAGGAGAACAUCGUCUCCCUCCUGGAACACUGCAGCAGGAACAUGUUGCGGCUACAUCAGGUGGAUACAGUGACAGCCAGCGAACUGAGGAACAUGCAGGAAGUGCUGGUCAGCAAAGAGACUGCGGUGGUCCGAUCAGAGAGCACCGCCAAGGGACUGACGACAGAGUCCCAUCAUCUGCAGCAGAACCUGGAGAAGAUGCAGCAGCUGGAGGGGAAGAUCACAGGAGAGCUGAGCAGCCUGAAGGAGCGCAUCGGCACCAUGGAGUCUGAGCUGCAUACCUACCGAGACCUGGACACCCUGAGACACACGGCCGAGGAGAAGAAGAAGAGACUGCAGGAGGACCGCGUAUCGCUGACUCAGCGUCGGGAUUCUUUCAAGCAGCUGUUGGAGGAGAUGAACCAGAAAUGCGAAGCACUGAAGACCAAACUGAAAGAGAACGAGACUCAUACUCAGCUGGUUAACCUGGAGAGGAAGUGGCAGCACUUGGAGCAGAACAACUUUGUGAUGAAAGAGUUCAUCGCUUCGAAAUCCCAGGAGAGCGACUACGCCUCAGUUGCCGAGAACGUCUCUCAUCAAGUGGCUGAGUACAACAAGUGUCUCAUAGACUCACUACAGAACAACAGGAGUUGAACACACUUGAAAAGCUUUUGUUAUAGUUAUCACCACCCAUUUCAGUGAGAUUGUUCAGCUAAGUGUAAUAUUUAUGGUUUAUCAAAGCAUUGAUGUGCCUAUAUAUCAGUUUGUUUCACACAUUUAUCAGAGAUAUUUUGGCACCGGUUAUUUA